ACUGAGUGAAGACAGCUUAUAUAGUUGUCUUAACCCAAUACGUUAGUUGCUUGCAAAGCUUCGGGAAGACUGGGUUGUUCAGUGGACACAACUGAUAAUGUUUCUAAAGCUGCUCACUGAUAUUAACUUUCACUGACGGACGUAACAUUUUCGAUUUGACAAACGUUGCUGCAUUAGGGUAUAUUUCAUUUAUUUUUAGGUAUAAUUCCUGGAAGUUUAACACUUGAAUUGGUAAAAGCAGACGCUCAUAGAAUGUUGUACAAGUCCAAAAUAUCUCGUUCCUUCUUUUGGGUCUUGAAAAUUUUUGGAGCUUUGCCGUUCAAGCCGAAAGUUCAGCCAGACUGUAAAGAAUCUAGUCAAGAUGAGUGCGAAAUAAAGCUCCAGCAGAGCCGUGGCUGGCAAGCGUGGAGCGCAGUCUGGACGUUGAUGAUGGUGACCGUCAUGGCGGUGGAUGCGUACUACGCGGCAACAGAUCCUCGCGGCAAGUUAGUCGGCUGCAUGACGAUGGUAAUCGCUCACAUGAACUGCGAUAUUACCACAUCCGUGACCGUAAUUCUUCUGCAGACGAUCUUUUGGCGACAGAGUGACCAGCUGGCACAGAUUUGGAAUCAUGUUAACUUACUCGGUAAAAGAGUCGCAUGGAACAAUGGUGUCACAUUGGUUAUGGUCACAAUUAUCAUAUGUUCUUCCGUUGCGAACGUUAUUAUUUAUAUAAUUUGUUUGAAAGAUUACACGCCUUCCUUGUCAUUGGUCGCCGUUUGCACGAAAGUCAUGAUCAUCGCCUUCUGGUUUGCCAUCCUAGGAAUCAUCCAUCAUCAUGGGAUGCAUAUAACUGGCAGUUACUUGACGAACAUCCUCCAACCCAUCACUGAUACUUUCAAUCAAGAAAUGGAAAAUAGGAAGCUCAAGAUAAAUGGCAUCACUUCUAAGGACGCUGAGAAGAAUUUAUGUACGGUUUCGAGCGAACGAUCUUCAGAUAUUCCUAACAUGAGCUCCAUGGCAUCGCAAAAUAUACCGAGAAAACUGCCAUCUUUGUUACCUAUUUCACCAAAAGAUGGCUGGCUUGCUAUGGACCCAGAGCACCUGAAGGAUGGAGUGUUGGACGCGUAUAGUCUGUUGGACGACAUCAAAACUUACUGCGAGCGUCCCCUGGCGGUGGCCAUGUAUUGCCUUAUUAUUUGGCUGUUGACUUCGGCUUUCUACUUGACUUUAUGGCCUGUCAUGGGGUUUCAGCAAAGAAUUCUCGGCUCAUGUCACAUGAUAAUUGCCGUGGUGUCUCUGUUAUACCUGCUCAAUUCGACCCACGGUCUCCGAAAACAACUGACCAACAUGAAAUGGAUGUUCACCUACCUGGCCAAUCACAACUCACAACAUUACAAAAAACAACAGUUGCAGGAGGUACGGCAGCUGCUGAAGGAGUGUCCGGAGUUCGACGUCAUGGGAGUCUUCGCGAUGACUCGAGCUCGCCUUCUGGACAUCUUCAGCUUCGUGGCGACCUACAUCGUCAUCUUGCUGCAGUUUCGACAAUCUGAAUUCAGCUCGAAUUAA